AUGGCCGUUUCGAAAUUUGAACACUUACCGGAUGAAAUUAUUCUCGCAGUUUGCUUAUAUCUACGACCAUUUGAAGUUAUUGAUGGUUUUGGUCAACUUAACUGGCGUCUCACCAGAACAAUCAGUCAAUUUCGACGUGAUUCAGACAUACAUCAUUUAACCUUGACUCAGUAUCAACGUUGGUAUUCGUAUUUACUACCAUCAACAUCUAAACAUAUCACCAAGUUCGUCCUAAGCAAUUGGAAUGCUCCGGGACAAAUUCAUUUGUUCAAUCAAUCAACAAAAUAUUACACUUCACUUCGUGACUUCCUACCGAAUCUCAUCCAACUUCGUUUAAUCGAUUUUAGUAAUGAUGAUGUAGAUAUUCUUCCUAAACUAGCAAUGAUCGAUAAAAUUCUUAUUGAUAUCGAUGCGUUAAGACCGUUACUCUAUUCGACGAAACUUCUCCUCGAUCGGUAUCUUUUCUGUUCAUCGUUUCCGUUUAAAGAAGUUCGUCUGUGGGUUGGUGAUAAUGGCAUUCGAUUACAACACAACACUGAUCUAAUUAUCAAUCCACAUCUUGAACAAUUGACAAUCAUUGUUGCACAUAUUGACGAUUUGAUACUUCUCUUCAAACGUUCACCAAAUCUAAUCAAACUCUACGCUGAAAUCAAUUCUUUCACAGCCGAUGAACCGAAACAAUAUGCAACAGCAGAAGUGAUGCCAAAGAAACUAACCGACUUUCACAUUCAAACAAACGAUCAAAAGGCCUUGACGUUCGACGAUCUAUUUGUUAUUGUUAUUCACAUUCCAACAAUCAAAUUACUUUCACUGGACAUUGAGACAACUGAUAUGGACUAUGCUGAUGGACUUUGCUGGACAUUGUUAAUAUCUCGUCUACCCAAAUUGACUCGUCUAUAUUUUCGAACACGUAUCUGGAUGGGAGCAGGUGUCACAUCGAUUGAUGUCAGUCCAUUCGUUGAAUCAUUUGCACGCACAAAUCUACCAGUGAUUUGUUAUUCGGAUAGUCGUGUACUUCACAUCGAUACUGUUCCAUAUGACAUGCAUGAAUUUGAAACGAAUAUGAGUGUUACUACAUCACCAUUGGUACGGUAUGGGAAAACAACAAAUCCGGAAUUGUAUCAACGGCAAGCGCGAAGUGUAAAAUCACUUUUUCUUUGCGGUCGACAUGAGCGAACGUUGAUCAACGAUUGGUUGCAUGUUCUCAAUCGUUUUCCAUGUAUUCAAGCUCUAGACUUAACAUCAGUGAAUAUACUCGAUCAAGCCAAUUUAAACCAACAGUUAUACUUGCCACGUCUUCUUGCUCUACGAUACGUUCGAUCGACCCGAUGUAAAAUUAACAUCCCAUUCUUUCUUCUCCUAGUAACGAAAAGUUCGGUUACACCUUGUCUUCGUGCGUUGACAAUCAUGUAUGGCGAUUUGAUUUAUUUAUGUAAACGUUUACCUGGAACAAUAUUUGAUCGUUUGAAAGAACUGUGGUUAUUCAGUAGCGACACUGAUGGUCGUAUUGUUAUAAAAGAUAUCGAUCUCUUACUCCACGCAUUUCCAUGUCUACGGAAUUUCUCGUUUUUAAUGCAUUCAAGUCGAUCGAUCAAUCGAAAUAUCGAAGAAAUUAUUGAAAUGAUCUUAUGUUCAUUGCCAGAUCUUAUCAGUUUUCGUAUCGCAUGCCGCAAAGGUUCAUUUCAUGUGCCGUCGUUAACUGAUAUUGGUAUACGCAGAUCGUGGAUAAAACGAGUGUUACAUGUUAAUGAAUGUGAGCACGUUCACGUGAUCAUUCGUCAAAAGGAAAUUUCAAUUUGGAAAUAG